AUGCGCACUCCAGAGAAAUCAAACUCCGUCCCGGAUAUCACGGCUCUGGAUCAACCAGGCCAAGCAUUAUCACGUAAGAGGAGAAAGCCGGCUGAUUUAUUUGCCCUCCCCCAGCAGGAAAUGACAAGCGAUUUUAAAAAUGAGAUAAAGGAGUUAUUCAAGCAAUUUGCCCAGACUCAAAGUGAGCAAGUAAACACAAUAUUAACUUCUCUUAAUGAUCUAAAGCAAACUAGCUCCAAUAUUGAGAAUACAGUUACUUUUUUAUGUGAAGAAAACUUGGAACUCAAACGAAAAAUAGAACAGAUGCAAAUGGAAUCUAAGAAGGAUAAAGAGGAGAUAGUUAUUCUUGAAAAUAAACUGGAAGACAUGCAAAAAUCUCAAAGAAAAACCAGCAUAGAAAUAAAAAAUGUACCAUUGAAAGGUGAAGAGACAAAAAAAGACUUGCUUGAAAUGAUAGUGAAGCUAUCCGAAAACAUUAACCUGAAGCUUGUCAAACCAGAAGUUAAGGACAUUAUAAAAAUUAAAAAGAAAGAGAACACCAAAAGUACUAUAAUAGUGGAAUUCACGAACACCUUCAUAAGAACGGACAUCCUGAAGUGUGCUAAAAAUUAUAAUAUAAAAAAUAAAACAAACAAACUAAGUGCAAAGCACCUGGGUUUACAAUAUAAUCCUGAUGUACCAAUCUACAUCUCAGAGAACCUCACACCUAAGUCAGCGCGACUUUACUUCUUGGCCCGAGACCUACAAAACACGAAGAACUAUAAAUAUUGCUGGACAAACUACGGCAAAGUUUAUAUACGGCUGGACGAUAACUCCCCCAUCAUAACUAUUACAAGUGAAUCACAAGUACAUCAAUUGCUUAAUAAGUGA